AUGGAAUUAUCUGAAGGCAUUGCAUCAAUGAAUUACAGACAGUACAUGCGUAAUAAACCGGACAGCAAAGGGUUAUCUGUAAAGGAGUUUGAGAGUAUUCCUUUCAUUGCCUAUCCAAGCAACGAUAAACUAAUGGAUUUGUUUCUCAUGCAGUUUGAGCGGAACAAAAAACGUUAUGAGAAUAACAUGCAGAAACACACAGGGGAGAUUCUGUCCUGUGACCACACCUUUAGAACGAGUAAACAUAUCGGGGUAACCCGCGAGGACGGCAAGUUUGUAGGCCAGUUUAAAAACGUCUUCUUGGGGGUGAACGAAAACGGAGAAGUUAUGAUAUGGAAGUUUACGAAGACGACUUCUUCGUCCGAAAUUAUCGACUCACUUAAAGAACUCAAAGAGAGGCUUGAUAAGGCAAGCACUAACUUAAAAAUGAUAAUAGUGGAUGACUGUUGCCACGUGAUGCACCUAUAUGGACAAUUGUUAUAUUCCUAGAAUUUCACUCAACUAAACAGGGACUGCCAUUGGUUGAUUCUUGGUCACGUGGCCUUGACUAAAAUCAAAUGUAUCCCGAUCGUGAUACAUUAAACAAUGUAUUCCGCUCGGGAUACAUUGCAGCACGUGAUCAAAGCAUGGUGGAAAGUGGCGUGACCGAAGGCGGGAAAAACACCGCCAGGUUCUGCCAGUUUUCUUUUUCGUGAAUGAACACAACAACACAAUCACGAAGCCUCAAGCUAAAAAGCAACGAUUUUUAAAGUUAUCCCAGAAGUUCCCAGAAGAAAAACAGCAGCUAGUGGAGGAAAAAGAUGCAGAUGAUAUAAAGAAAGUACUUUUGUUUGUAAAUCAUUCGUUCAGUGGUUUUGAGAAUUAAAUUUAUGUUGUCAUAAGUACCGAGUCGACUGUUUUGGUUCGUUUUCGUUCGCUCCGGUUAUUCUUUUGUUGCUGUUGAAGUGAAAGUCUAGAAAUAUAACAAAACACUUAAUGUCAGAUCCCUCGGGAAACCAGUUAGUUUUGUUUUCCCUCGAGUCCUGAUGUUUCCCUCGACUUCGUCUCGGGAAACAUCAGGACUCUCGGGAAAACAAAACUAACUGUUUCCCUUGGGAUCUGACAUUAAGUGUAUAAUAUUCCCGGGGAUAAAGGUUCGGCUAGACUUAUUUCACGCGUGUAUGAGAGUUGUACAAACGGUACCCAAAAGCGAAGAUUACAGUAAACAAUUUGCUAAUGAAUUUUCUUUAAUUUUCCGUCAAAAUGGAGACCUUGGUAACGAGAGAACAAUGAGCACACCUUGUCCUGAUGAAAUAGAAUCAAAUCUUGAACGUCUUCUAUUUGUUUGGAGAGAAAAGCUGAAAACGGAAACCCUUCUUCAAAUUGAAAAUUUGCGCAAGCAUACAAAAAAAGGAUGUCUCUCGGAAAUACCUGUUGGAUGUGGGACUGUAAUAAAUGAGCGACUUCACAGACAUCUUAACCGAUCAUUACUGUGCGGAGUAUCCAAAAUUGGACCUGAGUUGGCGGUAGCGGUAAUGUCGUGUGCUUUGUAUGCAUGGAAUUGCAAACGAAGAUUAAAAACAACCCUCAAUAAGAGAACAAUUCCGAUCACGCCAAUUGAAUUAGAGCCUUUAGAGUCUUUAAACCAAGCGACCCCUUAUCUUCAGUCUCACAUGACGGCUGUGGAUUCUACGUCAACGUCAUUACCGGGUUCAAUAUCUGGAACUGUCUCUGAAAAUAGCGUUAAGGCUAGUAGAAUGCCAGGGACAUCAUCCGUUUUCGUCACAGUUAAGACUGUGGAAGAACUGGAAAACGAUUCCGUCUUGAACUACAUUUUGGAAAGAGCGCUGCACAUACAAGAAUUUAUCACCAGUUGGACAACAAAAUGUAACAACAAAACAAUAGAUUUGAUUGGUCUUCUCUGGAAGAUAAACUUACCGGCAGGUAACCUUUAUGAACAGGAGUCAAAGUUAAACGUUAUGGAAUUAAAUUUGACGCCACAGCACAAAGAUAACCUGUUAAGAAAUCUCACAGGAUUUAAUCUUCAGUUGGACCCAAUUAACAAAGACGGAAACUGCUUCUUCAGAGCAACAGCCCGGCAGCUAAAAAAACACUUGCAACGUUCGGAUUUGCAAAAUCUACAGCAUAUUUCCUCACUGGGGCUUGGAAUCAACGAGGAACGUGACACGGAAAACCUCAGACUACUUUUCGUGCGUGAAGUCACUGAAAAUCUCGAUGAAUACAGGGAGUGGAUGUCCUGUUCGUCAAAUGUACGGGAAAUUGAACGUUUUAAAACUGAUGGCCAUUUCGCAAGUGACAUUGGCGACAUCUGUACUAAGGCAUGUGCUAAUCUCCUCCGUGUCCCGAUAAUUGUAAUUACAGCUUUGCCUAAUGUCCCAUCCAUUCCAUUUUACCAAAACAUUUCAUCACUGCUGUACCUAUGUAUCUGGCGUACGACCAUUCAGGUCCAGGGCAUUAUGACGCUACAAAAGGUAAAUAAGCAUGCAUAA